AUGGACAUAGGCCUGACAGUGCAUGGUGAUGCAUUGGGUGGUGUGCUCAGUGCAUCGGGCAGCAGAGGUGAUGAAGUAAACGGGACACGGUUGAUCGCCAAUCAAGUGGUGGCAGAGUUGAAGCCAGCCUUGAGUCAAAUGAUUUCCGAAUCACUUGACAAAAUGCUCGAGGAGAAGCUGAAGCCGGUCAUUUGGGAAUCAGUAGCGGAGGCUGUUGACAGGAAAUGUGAUAAACUCUUGGCAGCAAUUCGUGUUGGAAAGUACGAAAACGACAAACUAGAACAAUAUACACGCAAUGAAAGCAUUCGGGUAUUUCAUCUUCAGGAAACUGAGGGCGAAAAGGAAGAAGACCUACGGAAGAAGAUCGUGGAGAUUGGCCAGGCCAUGGAUGUUCUGGUGGUGGAAAGCGACAUCUCAGUCACCCAUCGCCUUGGUAAGAAAGGGAGAAACCCUCGUCCAGUCAUAUGCAAAUUCGUGCGAAGGAGUGUGAAGCAGGCAUUUAUGUUCAACAAGAAAAAUCUCAAAGCAAAGGAAAACUACAAGAACGUGUUUAUUGUUGAGGACCUGACACCACUGAGGACAUCCCUCAUGCGGUUCGUGAAAGAAAAGAAACUAGCCAAACAUGUUUACUCCAUGGACGGUAAAAUUGUGUGUAUUCGAGAGGAGACAAAAAAUGGGCAGAAAGUUGAGUCCAAGGUUUUCAUUUAA